AUGGUGCCGGCCGCAUCAGCCGCGCAGUCGGACGUGCCGUCGACGCUGCCCCCGGUGCUCGCCGCUCCUGCGCUAGACGCAUCCGGGGGGGCUGCGCCAGUGGAGAUACGGCGGCAGCAAGACCAGCGGCUGGGUCGUGACAACAUCGAUGCGCCCGCCACAGGCAUCUCGGCGGCGGCCAAGGCCCUGGCCCCGGUUUCGGCGGCGCCCGCACCCGACUUGGCCGGGCCUGCCCCCCAGCCUGCGGCGGAGCCCGCCAGAGCAGUCGCGGCCUCGGCCGCGCCCAUGCUGACACGGAAACCAAAGAAAGCCAAGCCGUCGGGCCCGGGGCCCCUGGGCUGGGCG